GAGACGCCGGAAGCGCACGUGAAAUCUUGCCGUCGCAACGCACGCCAAAUGAGCGUCCGUGAGCCGGGACAGGGGUUACAGCCGCCGUCAUGAACGACAAAUACCACCGGGCGGCUCGAGACGGUCACCUGCACCUGCUGAAAGAGGCGACGCGCAGAGAUCUGAACGCGCCGGAUGAGGAUGGCAUGACGCCGACGCUCUGGGCCGCGCACCACGGCAACCUGGACGCGCUCAGACUGCUGGUGGCGCGAGGAGGAGAUCCAGAUAAAUGUGAUAUUUGGGGAAACACUCCUCUUCACCUGGCAGCAGCUAAUGGCCAUCUCAACUGUCUGUCCUUUUUGGUGUCAUUUGGUGCCAAUGUGUGGUGCUUGGACAAUGACUACCACACGCCACUGGACAUGGCGGCCUCUAGGAGCCACAUGGACUGUGUGCGAUAUCUGGACACUAUCGCCGCCAAACAGAUCACCAUCAACCCCAAAGUGGUGAGCAAAUUAAAGGAUCGUGCCUUCCGUAAUGCAGAGAAACGCAUUAAGAACUGCGAAAAGCUCCAGCGUAGGCAUCACGAACGCAUGGAGAAGCAUUUCUUGAGAGAGAGUGCUGCAAUGGACACGUCAGAUACGAUGAGUUACAGCAGUUUCAGCAGCACCCUGAGCCGAAGGAUCCCUCAGUUCAACACCAUCGACUCCAACAUGACAUACUCACAGGCAACUCUUCAGUCCACAACAAGAGGCCGGACCAAGAUUCAGCGGCGACUUGAGAAGAAGAAGCAAGGUGAUGGAACGUUCAAGAUAUCUGAAGAUGGGCGAAAGAGUGUUCGCUCGCUCUCUGGUCUUCAGUUGGGCAAUGACGUCAUGUUCUUGAAGCAGGGAACGUACGUCGACCGACGCCAGCAGUCCAGCCCUCGGCUCAACAUCCGUAACAUGUUUUCUGGUAAACAGGACAUCAGGCCUGAUGAUGAUGAUGAGGUAGACACUGUUUCCCGGGCUCUCAGUGAUCCAGGACUGUAUGAUGCUGCAUACUCCGAAAUAAGUACAGACUCUGGUCGGGACUCUUUGUUCAACCGCCCAGGACUCGGUACCAUGGUAUUCCGUCGGAAUUAUGUAACGGAUGGGUUGUUCCAAAUGGGACGGAAUGAGGGCAGUGUGGUGGGGAGUGAACCAGUGGGACGAGCCCCGAAUGUCCGCUUACGGGGGAGAUUGCCGCUGCGAUCACCCAGUCUUGAUGAGGUCAGCUUAGGCAGCUCAUUGAGUCUUCAAGAGAAGAACUUGCAGGAUUUGCCAUGGGAGGAAGGAGACCUGGGUUUGGAGGAGGAGGAUGACGAGCUUCAGUCAUCGUCGGGUCCUUUAGAAGUAUUCCUGGCAUCUCAGGGACUGAGUGACUUCCUUUCAAUUUUCCAUAGAGAGCAGAUGGACCUGGAGGCGUUGCUGUUGUGUUCUGAGCAAGACCUCAUUAGCAUCCAUAUCCCACUCGGACCUCGCAAAAAACUAAUUGAUGCAUGCAGUAGACACAACAAUGCUCUGGACGAUGCUGAUGGCAUGAAGGACACAAUGUUGUAGAGUAUGUGUAUGUCUGUUACUGACUGUUCAAAAACCUAGUGUACUUUCUUGCUGCCUGCAUAAGCGGCUGUUUGGGAUGUAACUGCAUCCUUGUGUUUACAUAGGCAGAAACUCAACAAUGCCACACAGAUAGUAAUUCAUGCAGAGUCCAUGAAUGGACAAGUCUUCCAGUAUUUCUGUCACCUGGAUGUAUCUUUUUCUCUGAGCUUGUUACAUUCUAAGAUUGCUUUCUCUGUAAAGCAUACAUGCAAUGCUGCCAGGGAAUUUGGCCAAAAUUGUAAUUAUGAAAAAAUAUAAUUGUAUUGUUUACUAAAUGUUCA